UUAUUCCGGGGGUAUCGUUUACUUAUUAUUGAUCAUCACCAUAAGUAGAAAAGGAAAAAAGAAAAGCAAAGACAAGACAAGACAAUAAAUCAAGAAGAAGGGAGAAAAAAAAAACAUGGCGCCUCACCCCAAAGACGCCCCGCCUCCGUACUCCAAGCACCCUACGGAGGGCACGGCGACGAUAGCCACGGGCUCCCAGGACCCUCCCCCCUUCGCAGCCCAACGCCAAAAUCAACCCCCGAUCCCGCGCCAGUUCCCCCCCGCAUUCAACAUGUACAUCGAAUCCAGGCAGCACUACCACAUCGGCGAGCACCAGGCGGCGCCCCUGUACGCCGUCACCCUCGCCCGCCCCGUCCUCUUCUCUUCCUCGUCUAGGCCCGACGUCCUGCUGCACUGCGGCCCGAGCCACCAGAGCCCCGCGCUCGCGGCCGUCGAGCGCGUCGGCUUCGACCGGUGUCUGACGGUGACGUUACCGCCGCUGCUCGUGGCGGGGUCCGGGUCGGGGGCAGGGGCGGGGGCCGGCGUCCAGGAGCGCGUGGAAACGCCGACCGGGUUCGGCGACGGGCCGUACACGUUCGUGGUCGAGGCGGGGCCGGGGCAGCGGCGGGAGGCGUUCGCGUGGCGGCGGUCGCGGGGGGAGACGGUGGAGGCGCUGGGGGGGCGGGCGAGCGGGUGGAAACUAGUGCGGCUGCGGACGGACGCGCCGAGCGGGUUGGAAGGGCCGGGGCGGGCGGUAUUUGCGGGGGGAGGGGCUUGUGCGGGGGACGGGAAGGAGGUGGUGGCGGUGUGGGCGUGGGCGACGAUGAGCCUGACGAAGAAGCUGCGGUUCCGGUUCCUGGGCUCGGGGGUUAGCGGCGUGCUCGGGGAGAGGUGGGCGGUGAUGGCGGUGGCGACGGCGCUGUGGAUUUUCGAGAGGGAGAGGAGGCAGAAGGAGGAUAGGUAGCGUUAAAGGGCGGGAUGGGAUGGGGGGGCGUGGAAUGGGUAAGGGUUGAAAAUAGGGAAAUGGGGCAGAUACUGACGUUGAUGAGAAUUGGGAUGGGUUUGGCCCGUGAAGGAAAUAGGGGUUAUCGUUUGGGAAGUCGGUAUUAAUUGGUCUGGAUGGUACUUAUACCCUAUGUGAUACAGGUCUACCUGAAAACUAUCACUAUAUCAAAGUAUUUCGGUGUUGUAGCAAUCACCUUUUUCGAGACCUGACUGAAGUAUUUGAUCCGGAUGGGAGUAUAGGAGUAUACUGCUCAAGAAUUCGUCGCUGUUACUUCAAUCCUAAAUUUGCUCUUCCUAUCUUUUUACUACCUCCUUAAUCUGAUACUUAGGUCUCCUCGGCUGGAUAGACAUCUAAUAGGCCACGACAAGAAAAAUGCAA